CCUGAGGCAAAAAACCAAGACAGAGCAGAUCUUGACUAAGUUGUGCAGAAGAGCCCAGACUUACACAUGUAGCAUGCAACAGAGCCAUUAAUUUUAAGUUAGUCAAUUUUUCUUUUUCAUUAGCUUGUUUUUUGUAUAUAUUUGGUUAUCUUGGCUCAAGCAACAACUGAGUGGGAAACUUUCUUGGGAAGUUUGAUUUACUGAGGAUCUCACAGUUACAAGCGGCCGGUGCACGGUACAAUGGAUCUUGUAUUUGUGGUGGCGUUCAGCUCUUGGCUGGCUCCUGCACUCGGGUCAGCGUUUGGCAGAGAGGUGUUUGUCUCAGCAGCAGACGAUGAGAAAGACUUCGACAGCGCUUUUCAUUAUGAUUAUGAAUCUCUAAGAAUCGGCGGCCUGGUUUUUGCUAUCGCUCUGUUCCUGCUGGGCAUUUUCCUCAUCGUCACUCGAAAGUGUACCUGUUCAAAGAGUGACAAGCCAAGGCCCAGGAAUCCUGAAGUUGAAUCAGCUGUCCAGAAAGCUUAACUGAGGCUACAGAAAAACUGUUUGCCUACUGGCGCCACUAGAUGGCAGCAAAUACCGUGAAGACGGCAGAGAGCGAUCCUUUGAAGAGGACAGCAUUGAGCCUUUUUAAAUGACAUAAUCCAGUUGUUUCUUUCUUUUUCCCUCCUUUUUUAUGUUUUUAUCACCGAUAACUGUCACUAGAUGAUGUUUUAUCUUUAUACAGUAGGAGUAGUGACUUUCAUUUUUAUCUUUCUGAUUUUCAAACAGAUGCUAGAUAAUAAAGCAAAUGUUUGAAAAAACAAAA